AUGUUGAGGAAUACAUUCGUUCAGAUCAGCAAGAGAAGGUUUGCUCUUGCCAGCGGGCAGUUAUUACCAAAGAAAUAUGGUGGUCGUUAUACAGUUACCUUAAUUCCAGGUGAUGGUGUUGGUAAGGAAGUUACCGAUUCUGUCGUUAACAUUUUUGAGGCUGAGAAUGUGCCUAUCGAUUGGGAAUCUGUGGAGCUUUCUGGGUUAGAAGAGAACAUGGAGGGUGUGCAGAAAGCUGUUGAAUCAUUGAAAAGAAACAAGGUUGGUUUGAAAGGUAUCUGGUCUACACCAGCGGAUCAGACUGGGCAUGGUUCACUAAAUGUUGCCUUUAGAAAGCAACUAGAUAUCUUUGCAAAUGUGGCAUUAUUCAAGUCAUUUCCAGGUGUGAAGACAAAAUUAAAGGACGUCGACCUCGUAAUUAUAAGGGAGAAUACGGAAGGUGAGUACUCCGGUUUGGAGCAUGAGUCUGUACCUGGUGUAGUUGAAUCCUUGAAAAUCAUGACCAAGGCUAAAUCUGAGCGAAUUGCUAGAUUUGCGUUUGAUUUUGCCUUAAAGAACAAUAGGAGGUCGGUCUGUGCAGUGCACAAAGCUAAUAUAAUGAAGUUGGGUGAUGGUUUGUUCAGAAAUACAGUCAAUGAAAUUGGUGCUAAGGAGUAUCCUGAACUUGAAGUCAAGAGCAUUAUUGUUGACAAUGCUUCGAUGCAAGCGGUUGCAAAGCCUCACCAAUUCGACGUUCUAGUGACACCUAACUUAUACGGUUCUAUUUUGGGUAAUGUGGGCGCUGCUUUAAUCGGGAGUCCUGGUUUGGUUCCAGGUGCCAACUUUGGUAGAGAAUACGCGGUUUUUGAGCCCGGUUCUAGACACGUUGGGCUGGACAUUAAGGGACAAGAUGUAGCUAACCCAACUGCUAUGAUCUUAUCAUCUACCUUAAUGUUGAGACACUUGGGAUUGAACGAUUACGCGGACAGAAUUUCAAAGGCCACUUACGAAGUUAUUGCUGAAGGUAAACAUACAACCAAAGACAUUGGUGGACACGCUUCUACCACCCAGUUUACGAAGGCUAUCGUUGACAAACUGUCAACUUUAUGA